GUCGUGACCAACUAUCCGAUCUGGCCCAGACAAUCACCACUUUGCCGUCAUGGACCCUCUUUCGGCCCUCAGUCUUGCUGCCGCAGUUGUUCAGUUCGUUCAAUUCACAACGGACCUGUUCAAUGGAACGCGCAAGAUAUAUCAAUCGGGAGCAUCGGAGAAAACCGAGAGACUCGAGUAUAUAUAUGAGACAUUAUCGCAACUCAGCGCCAAUCUCUCGUCUCCAUCUACAGGCAUCCGGUUCGUCAAUACUGGGCUGCCCAAGGAUGCCCCCUCUCUCACGGAACUUGCGACAAGAUGUAGGAAAGACUGUGACGAGUUGCUCGCGGUUAUCGAGAGCAUAAAAAGCAAGUCUGCUUCGGGACCCAGGCUUUGGAGGAGCUUCCGCACCGCAAUGACGGAAGUGAUGAAGACAGGCGAGAUCGAGCAACUCCGGGAGCGUAUUGGGGGCUAUCAGAGGCUGAUGGUCAUCCACCUAUGCUCUGUAUCUAGCGGGAUGAUUGAGAUUCUCGACGGCCAAGUGCGUGCCCUGCGCUUCGAGACACAGGCCUUCCAGAGUCAGAGAUCCCAGGAGCUGAAUGAGAUGUCGCAAGCCAUCAAAAGCAUCCAGAACAAGCUUGAUGGCUUCAAAUCAGACCACUCGAAAACUUGUUUCUCUUCCAGCGAAAUCGAGUUGUUGACCGCAAGGAUAUCCGAGCUAUCUCUAACGAGUGAGGAGUAUGCCAGGGAAAACGAGUUCCUGAGAGGUCUCAACUACAAACAACGCCCGCAGAGACAGGGGGGCAUUGCCACCGCGCACCGAAGGACCUUCAACUGGAUUUUUUCCGCACAAAAUGCUGAUCCCAGCGAGCCAAAGAGCCUCCUACACUGGCUGAAACACGAAAACGGCAUCUUCUGGCUCUCUGGCCGUCCCGGAUCGGGGAAGUCCACGCUCAUGAAAUUUAUAGCGGGUCAUCCUCUUACAGAUGAAGCAUUGGCGACGUGGUCAGGCUCCGGAAAAGUGAUCAAGGCCUGUCAUUACUUCUGGAGUGCCGGAACUAGCAUACAAAGGUCCCAGGAGGGCCUUCUCCGCUCUCUGAUAUUCGACUUGCUCUGCCAGAACUCCCAGCUCAUUCGGCUGGUUUGUCCAGAGAGGUGGAGCAAGGCCGAAAUAACCGCAUCUGCAUCGUCAAAUCACUCGCCUUGGAGCCAGGGCGAACUGGAGAAGACCAUCCGGACAAUAGCGACCCAAGACCAGUUUCCCAUCAAGAUCUGCUUCUUUAUUGACGGUUUAGACGAGUUCAGCGGGGACCAUGCUGAGCUUUGUGAGACGCUUGUUCACCUAUCUCGUUGUUCCGGAGUCAAAAUGUUGGUAUCCAGUCGUCCGUGGAAUGUCUUUGAGGAAAUCUUCGGGAAGACCCCGGACAGAAAGCUCUAUCUUCACAACCUUACCAGAGGCGACAUCCAAAACUAUGCCCGGAGCCAACUGGUCGAACACCCAAACUGGAGCACCCUAGUUUCCGAAGCGGGGGAGGGUCAAGCAUUGUCCCUGGUUGAGGACAUCACAAUGCGGUCUCGCGGCGUGUUUCUGUGGGUGUUCCUCGUCACGCGUGUGCUCCGAGAAGGCCUCACCAACUACGAUAAGCUGGAGGAGCUACAAGACCGACUCAAUAGCAUCCCAGCAGAUCUCGGGCAGUUCUUCAGAGCCAUGCUGGAAUCCGUAGAGCCGUUUUAUCAUGACAAGAUGGCCGGCACACUGAGGUUCGCUUUGGCUGCGAACGAGCCUCUCCCCGUGACACUCUACUGCUUUCAGGAUCUGGAGUACAAGGACCGUAAAUACGCCACGAAGGAGAAAGUCGAACCAUGGGACGCCGAGAAGCUACGACUCCUGGAAGCACCAUUUGCACGCCGCCUCAGCUCGCGAUGCAAGGGCCUUCUCGAGAUUCAGGGGCGCCGAGUCGAGUUCCUACAUCGCACAGUCAUGGACUUCCUCCGCACGGUGGAGAUGAGCGACUUUCUUUCCAGCAAGACGCCACGCGACUUUAACCCGACGUUCUCUAUCUUCCAGGCGUACGUCGCCUGGAUCAAGCACAAGUGGUUCUUUGGCAGUGUGGGCUUAUCCGAACCGACGAUACAAGGGCACAAGCAGGAGGAGGAACACCUCAUUCCCGUCUUGGACGAAGCACUCUCCUAUUAUGCAAGCGACAACGACGCCAAGUUGAGAGACUCCGAAACGGCACUUCCGUGGUUCGACCUAGUAGACGAUCUCGAGUGGUCUAUUAGGUCUAUGUUUCCGUCAAAAUCUGAAAGUGAUUCCACGAUUCAGAUUCGAGCCGUGAAUCUUUUCAGACAGAGAGCCCUGCGUGCUGGGCUUGCCGACUACGUGUCCCAGAAGCUAGAGGAAGAUGAUAGCUACCUGCAAGAUUUCCAAAUACCCCCGCUCGUAUACGCCCUUGGGCUGGACAGAACCCUCGAAUCAACCACCCAGCAAGUCUGGUCCGAUCAGCGCCUAGAACUACUAGAAGCACUCCUCUCCAAGGGUCAAGAUUCCAACCAACCCUACACUUGGGUAGCUGGCCGUAGCCGUCAAGAGACUCCCUGGAAGGCAAUGGUUCGGAAAUGUGUCAGGGAGUCGGAACUUUGCCCGGCGCUAAACACUGGUGUGCUCUCAAUACUCGUGGAGUUUGGUGCGGACGUCAACGUCAAUAUCGCAUGUGAGGAAAAGUUUCUUCCUAUUUGGGCAGAGCUUUUCUCCCACGCCCUCGCAUUAAGCCGAGAACUGUCAGGCUGUGUGGAUUCAUACAUCUACUUGCUAGACAAAAUGCUUGCAAAAGCAAAUUUCGAGGCUCCCAGCAAGGAGGUCGAGGCUCUGUAUUCCAACUUGUCUUUGAGUCAGACAGCAUCGAGGAAAGGGCGAGCUAAAUCAGCUACUAAGCUUGCUGGAACUGAGAUGUGCCAUGUCAUCACUUUAGUUCUGCGGGAGCUAUGCUCUGGGAAGCCUGGAACUCAGCGUCACAGCUACCAGGACUUGCAGCUGUUGGCAAAAGCUAUUGGAACUCUCUUUAGGCAUGUAGGACAUGUCCCAUUUUCUCUUCCGGAAUUUCAAGGCUACAUCAGGGCCGUAUUCCCGGCGAACCUGGCGAAUUACCUCGAUGGAAUCAUCCGCGAGAAGUGUUCAAAGGAGAAUUUCAAGAAAGAGUGCCGGAAAAGGGCACAUAUCCCCGGAUUGGAUGAUGAGGUUCAGGCAGUAAAUGGGUCUCCAGGUGGGAGCUCUAAGGGUGCAUCCAGGAAAAGGAGAACAUAGGUAGAGCAGGCUCAUCGACUUAUGAAGACGUGAUUAUUUGCUCCUGUGUGCCCAUCUCUUGGUAUAGUGCCCUGGGAAGUUUAAUUGCUACAGGAUUGGAUUUCGCCGUCAACUCGAAGAGGGAUCCCAAGGGAGCUAUCACUCCGGUAGCUCGUUUGGGCGCCAGCUUCACUAGGCCUAC